CACGAGCGCACACCUGUCACGCAUAUAUACGCAGCACGAGGGCCGAGGCGCACACUUUUUGAGCUUGAGUUGCUUAAGCUCUGCCGGCUUCACGUUUCUACGUUUUGGGUAUUGCAAAAUAACAGUCACAAUCAGCGUUCAUCAUGCCUGGACGUCCGCUUUGGCAGGUUGCUGGGAAACGAGAACCAAGUCAGGAAGCCGAGGCUCAGCAAUGGAUCGAGCAAGUGGUCGGAGAGAGAUUUCCUUCAGGUGUGAGUUAUGAAGAUGCUUUGCGGGAUGGUGUAUUGCUUUGUAAACUUAUGAACAAACUGCAGCCGGGACUCAUCACCAAAAUUAAUACGUCUGGUGGUGAUUAUAAGAUGAUGGACAAUCUUAAUCAAUUCCAAAAGGCCUGCGUGAAAUACGGAGUACCUGAUGUAGACUUGUUCCAAGCAGUUGAUCUUAUGGAAAGAAAAAAUAUCGCGCAAGUGACCAACACCAUUUUUGCCAUUGGCCGCACUACUUAUAGACAUCCAGAAUGGCGCGGACCAUGGCUAGGACCAAGACCGGCGGAAGAGAAUAAGCGGAAUUUCACGGAGGAGCAACUAAGAGCUGGCGAAGGUUAUAUUGGUCUUCAAGCUGGUACCAAUAAGGGCGCGACUCAAGCUGGUCAAAACUUUGGAGCAACAAGAAAGAUUCUCCUCGGAAAAUAAUAUUUCUACAUAGUAUUUCCUAAUACUCUUAAGAUUUCUUCAGAAAUAGUUCAAAAUUAAUUUUAAACAGAAUAUUCAUCGAUGUCUUAGAACAGAUGUCAAAUUAUAAUUAAUCGUAUUAACAAAGAAUUACGUUGGACUCCUUAAUUUGUCGUGUACUGUAAUCGAUUAUAGCGCAUAAAUGGCGGAGAUUAAUUAUUUGAUACGAAUAAUUGUUAUUAAUAAGAUUCAUGGAUGUAAUAUAAAAUAACAACAAUUUUUCAUUGUAACAAGCUAAUUCAAUAAAUUCAUCUGAGUGUGUUAAUACUCUGAAGCUACA